AUGACGUUUUUACGUGGUUGCUCGCUUGCCGCGGCAGGGAUGGAGGAGGUGGUGGUUCCAGAGGCGCCACCGCGGCUUGUGCCCGGUGUGGUCCUCCGCAUCCUGCAGCCCAGUUGGAGCGGGGCUUUCCUGCGGAUCGCCAACAAUUCCUUUCCGCUGCAGCCCAACGCGCGCCAUCUGAAGCGUAUUCGCAAGGCCCAUACUGCAGCGGUGUUGCCGCCUCCCACUGAGAGUCCUGCCACCCCGAGUGCGCAUGUCCCGAGGCGGCGUGCUGAGGAGGCUGAGGGAGCCGGUGCAGUGACGAUGCCACUUCAAGCUCCACUGGAGUUGCUGCUUGGUGUUGGCUGCGCGGUUGAUGUAGAUCUACUAAAGGAAUUUGAAGAGGUGUCCGGAAAUGCGGCUCCCCUCAUCAUUGACACGGUGUGGGUGCCAGACAGGGCCCCGCGUACGUCUCCUGUGGAGUGGACGAAGUGGUGCACAGUGUGGCCCUUUGCUCUUCCCAAGCCACGCCCAGCGUCUCCACUGCCGCCUGAGGAAGUGAGGAAGAUAAGACGCGUCUUUAAUGAGAGCGUGCUGCCGCUUGCCAAGCGAGGACGCAGUGGGGAGACGCUUGGAAUAGCGGCGGUGUUGAUUGACACUUCCCGGGACUGGUGCGUGCUUGCUGUGAGCGAUGCGGUAGGUCUACUGCACCGAGCAAACCCAGCAGCCUGUUUUGGAUAUGCAUCUGCUGGGGAGGGCUCAGGGGACCGUGUUGUUCUGGAUCACCCUGUAACUUGCGUGCUAAAGAAGUUGGCGCACACGCAGCUCGCAGGGCAACUGGGGAAGGAUGGUGCGCCUUACCUGGCGAACAACAUUGACUUGUUUGUUAGUCACGAGCCGUGCGUCAUGUGUUCGAUGGCGCUGGUCCACAGCAGGGUGAGGCGCGUGUUCUACUCUUUUGCAAACCCCGCACACGGUGGGUUGGGGUCGGUCUAUUCGAUCCAUACCAUCUCUUCACUCAAUCACCAUUUUCGCGUCUUCCGCUGCAGCGCGGGUUGGCUUUGCGACGAGGGCCGUGCCCCGUCGGAUCCCCCCGUUGCCCACGAUGGCGGCGCUUGGGAGUCCCUCCGCGAGCCCUGA